UAGCAGUAUCAUCGUAGCUAUGUAUAAGGAUCGGUGAAAGAGUUUUUACAAAGAAAAAAAGGAAAAAACAAAAAGCGUAGUAGACUGACUCCAUAUCUGAUAUCUCUCCCCUGCACCACGGCGGCGGCGCCAGUGACAGUGCCAUCCAUCUGCAGUAUCUUCUCCGCGUUUGUACACCACCUCCAGCUCACCGGCCCACCGGCGUGGGCCAGAACCGCCCUACGCACUCUCUUUUGGCGGUUUCUUCUCCCUGUAAAGGGCUUGCUUUGGUAGCCUUCGUUGUUAGAGAGCUUUGGAAGAGAGCAAGAAAAGAACAUUUUCUGGUUGAAGUUAGAUUCCUGAUCUCAAUCUUGGGUUUCCUCAUUUCACAAGCUCAGCUGGCUUCAUUAUACGCUCACAUCAUCUGUGGUGGAUUUGAAAUUUGACCGAGAUAAAGCAGAACCUAGUUUUCCAUUGUAUUUUCAAAAGAAAGCUGUGGGUUUUGGUUGGAAUCUUGUGACUUGAACAGUCUUUUGGUGGCUGGGUAUAAAGUUCAACCUGAGAUCAGUUUCUUCUUGGAAGAAGAGCAUUUUCGUUAAUUUCAAUUAGAUGGUCGCUUUCUGUUUCUGAGCAAAAUGGGUUGUUGUGUCUCAACCAGUAGCGAGAGUACAAGAAGUAAUGGGGAGAAGGUUUCUCCUGGAUGUUUUGGAAUAGGCAUGUUUGGGCGAAAGAGAGCGUUUUACAGCCAUACGAGGGCAUUGCAGCAUUUGUCUUCGAUACCUAAUCGGAUAUUCACAAAUGGAAGGAGCCGCUCCUCUUGUAUAUUCACUCAACAGGGUCGCAAGGGCAUAAAUCAAGAUGCCAUGAUUGUGUGGGAAGAUUUCAUGGCGGAAGAUGUGACAUUUUGCGGGGUCUUUGAUGGCCAUGGCCCACACGGUCAUAUGGUUGCUCGCAAAGUGAGGGAUGCAUUGCCAUUGAAGUUAUUGUCGUUUCUGGAGUCCUCUGAAUCAAAACACGGCAGGUCUACUGCUAAUUGCUGCAAACGGAACCCAAAAUUGGAUGUUGUUGAUCCCGAGAAGGAGGAGGACCUUACGGAGGAUAAAGCGGGCUCUUUUUGGAGAGACGCUUUCCUUAAAUCGUACAAGGCUAUGGACAAAGAAUUGAGGUCCCAUCCUAACAUAGAUUGCUUUUGUAGCGGUAGCACCGCUGUUACUAUGGUAAAACAGGGAUCAAAUCUUUUCAUGGGAAGCAUUGGUGAUUCUCGGGCAAUCUUGGCAUCGAAAGACAGCAAUGAUAUGAUGGUGGCUAUCCAAUUGACAGUCGAUUUGAAGCCUGAUUUACCUAAGGAAGCAGAGAGGAUAAAACGGUGUAAAGGUCGGGUCUUUGCAUUGCAAGAUGAGCCCGAAGUGCAGAGGGUUUGGCUGCCAUUUGAUAAUGCCCCUGGGUUAGCUAUGGCUCGAGCAUUUGGGGAUUUUUGUCUGAAGGAAUAUGGAGUUAUCUCUAUUCCUGAAGUUUCUCAUCGUGUUCUUACUGAUCGGGAUAAGUUCAUUGUUCUUGCUUCUGAUGGUGUAUGGGAUGUUCUGAGCAAUGAAGAAGUGGUUGAAAUUGUGUCGGGAGCUCCUUCGAGGUCAUCUGCAGCAAGAACAGUAGUCGAGUCUGCAGCACGUGAAUGGAAGACCAAAUACCCGACGUCCAAGAUGGACGAUUGUGCAGUUGUUUGCUUGUUCUUGGAUGGGAAGAUGGACUCGGAAUCCGACUACGAAGAACAAGGUUUCUCGUCUGCCACGAUUCAGAGCAACCAUUCUGGCAACGUUGCAGAAUCGGACGAUGGACAGAACAUCAUCGAACCGUCCCUGCAGAGAAACUGUACUGUCCGAUCAGCAGAAGAGAACGAGGCAUACAAAAUAAUAGUAGCAGAUACGCAAACAAAUGAAGAACCUGUUGAAGGAGAAACCCAGAAUUGGUCGGGAUUGGAAGGCGUCACGCGUGUCAACUCCUUGGUUCAACUCCCCAGAUUUUCCGGUGAGAGGCAAAGGCCUUAACUUUUUUCGUUUGGAACAUAUAAUGCCAUCUGUCUCACAAGUCGUUCUUGCAGCAUUCCACUUUCAUUGUUCUUGCUACAAUUAGUCAGUUUUCUUGCAGUAAUCUCAAUUGUACAUUCCAUUUUCAUGAAGUAUUAGUGUAUAUACUGUAACAUUAUGCAUGGUGAACAGUAGGGUAAUGCUUCUUGUGUUAAGUGCAUGGUUUUGUGCU